AUGUGUAAAUUUUCGCUAGGAGGCACAAACAAUACUCCGGUACAGGGGUACGACCAAUGUGCUCCCAUUCCACCCAGCUAUCUUGCCCUUUCUCAAAAGUGCACGGUUGGACUCAAUUAGGCAUUUUAACGACAUCAAAGUUGAUCGCCAACUCAUCACCGCAUUAGCCGAGAGAUGGAGAAAGGAGACCCAUUGUUUCAACUUUAGAGAAGGAGAGGACACCAUCACGCUAAAGGAUGUCGCCAUCCUAACUCAUUUGCCCAUCGAGCGCAAAGCGGUGUGCGUGAGUGAUCAUCCCCCUGAGGAUCGUGACACUAUGCCCGGUUGGGUUCAUUUCAUCCACAGUGUUUUGGGAGUGAAAGUACCGGGGAAGGGGUGCGUUGAUGCGACCGAUCGCAUGCCACCAAUGAGGAAACACCAAGUCUCAAUUACUAGGUUGACGAAGUAUUUUAGAGACCAUUACGAGAGUCAUCCCCUAACCGAGGAAAGUCCGGAGGAUGAGAAGGAGAGAUAUGCUCGUGUCUAUCUCAUAGCCAUGAUCAGAGGAGUGUUCUUCUCCAAAAAAUCAAGCAAUCUCCUUAGUUGUGGAUGGCUUAGGAUCAUCCUCGGUAGUUGCGAGGAGAUGGGGGAGUAUAGCCGGGCAUCCGCUUGCCUAGCUAUGAUCUACCACAACUUGUGCAAUGCGUCUCUCAAAGCAGUGAGGGAGGUCGGCGGCGCAAUGUUCAUCGUCCAAUUUUGGGCUUGAGAGCAUAUGCCAUGGAUUGCACCGGUCCAACGUCCCGACAGAGAUUGGCCAAUCGAUCAUCCCCUAAGAGGUGAAGCUUAUGGUACAAGGUGGCUCGGACACACAACAUGCGACAACCUUGCCCAACACAAGUUGGACGAGUAUCAGAGGAGGUUUGAGCCACUUUGGGAAGGAGAGGUAACUUCUAUACUUCGAUCCA